UGUAGGCGUUCCAAAUCUUCCACUGAUCUGCCCAACAAUUUCAUGAACAUGACGCGCAAACUUUUUGUCUGUCAAGAAUUCAAAAUGUUCAGCUUCAAAUUGAACUUGCAGUUGACCGCUAUCGGUGUUCCAUUAACCGUAUGAUCAUAUUGGGGUUCAAUGAAACGUUAACAAACCGGUGAAUGCUGAUGGAAUGGCUGAUCAAGUUAAAGAAACGGAACUUAAUCUACACCCUGAGCUAGAACAGCCUUUAAAGAGGCUUUGUGAUGAUCCAACAUCAACGGUUGUUAUUAUGAGUGGGAGCGAGCGUUGCGUACUCGAAAAGAACUUUGAAGAUUAUAAUGUAUGGCUUGCAGCCGAACAUAGUGUGUUCAUAAGAACAACUAACAAGAAUUGGUCACAAAACUUGACGAAUAAUAUACAUACAGAUUGGAUCGCGAGCAUGAAGCAUGUUUUCGAGUAUUUCACUACGCGAACUCCACGGUCUUACUGUGAGCUUCGCGAGACGUCAAUCGUUUGGAGUUAUAAGUAUUCAGAUUUCAAAUUUGGAAGACGUCAAGCAAAGGACUUGUUGAAUCAUUUGAGGACUGGACCCAUAUCAAAUGCUUCAGUAGACAUUGUUCAAGGCGAGCGGUCCGUUGAGGUUCGAGUCAAUGGUGUCUCAAAGGGUGUAGGAAUACAUGGCAGUUUAGGUCAAGUUAUACGCAACAAAGAUAUGAAGGCUCCAAUCGACUAUGUGCUAUGUGUCGGUCAUUUCCUUCCAAAGGACGAAGAUAUAUACAUGCUUUUUGAUUUGGGCAUUCCUGCUACAACAGCAGCCCCGACACACUCAAGUUUAGGGAGUCCCAUCGACGAGCAGUCUCCAAAUCGUUCAGAAGAAGAAACCAAAGCCGACGACCAUUCAGUUAUAGCUUCAGAUAGUGACAAUAGCUGCUGCCCUGUGAAUAGAAACAUGCCAUAA